CCCUCCAACCGCAUGUUCCCCUCCAAACCCACCCAACCCUCACUCCUCAACAGAAUAUCACUUCAACACCCAUACACACCCUUUACAACCACCAAAACAACCUUCAAAAUGCCUCUCGUCGUCCCUGGAAUCACUUCGGAAGGUGGCGGCGACAAGACCCAGGAAUGGAGCAACAAGUUGGUUGGCAAGAAACUUGGAGAUGUUUCUGAUGCUGUCGUAUGCACUCUUUAUAUUCUUAAGGGGUUUGAGUAGAUACUGAUCUUAUUGUAGACGUUUGCUAAAGCGGAUCUUCCAAAGGAGACUCGUGUUAUUACCAAGAAUACUAUGGUUACUAAGGAUUUUCGACCGGAUAGGUAUGCACAUCCCCAAUCCACAAGUUCUGUUGAAGAUAGAGGGGUGGUGCUGAUUUGGAUAGACUUAAUGUCCAUGUGAAUGAUGAUGGGACGGUUUCGCAUGUUAAUCAUCAGUAGAGUGGUUAUGGGAUAGGUGGAUGGAUGGGGAGUCGGAUUGUGAUUCUUACCUAUUACCUACGAUCACGUUUGCUUGGCUGUGUGA